UUCGUGCCACAAUUGCCGUCAUUGUAGUGGCACGCGCGGUGCGCGAUGCCGUGGCCUGCCUCCUCGUCGACGUGGUACUCAAACUUUCCGCAAAAUUUUCUACGUUUCCGACCCAAGUGUCGGUCCCUGUUUCUGUGACGCGAGCUUGCAAUCUGUGCGAGAUGGGCAGUGAAAUCCGUCGAUGGGUUUUUGGGAGUGUCGAUUCUCGGGGACAAGGAGCUGUGGGAUGAGUUGCUGAAUCGAAAAGCGGAACUGGGCAAUUUGGGUUUUGCAGAAAUGGUUCUGGUUUGAGCGCAAGGACCGUCUCGGGGGGUUGGAAUUGGAACGGAGGAGAAUCUUCAGCUUCUGGGAUAUCUCGUGAUCGUUGUGUUGUGGGUUUCGUAUUGUGAGCUUCGAAUUCUGCAGUGGAAGUGAAGCGGUGCCUGGUUUUCUUUUCCUUGGGUUUCUGAAUACAUUGCAUUGUGGACUCCGGUGGUGACGAGAGUAUUCAUCUUAAAGGAGACAGUAGAACAGGUGUGGUGGUUUGAUUCUUAUUGGCGUGUGCAAUGGGCACGGCGGUGAAGAGCGAUUCGCCGAGGGUGAUAAGUGAGGAGUAUGUAAUUGAAGCUAUUGCUGUUAGGUCGGAUGGGCUUGGUCUAUCGUCGCCUGCAAGUGUGGUUAGUUUCAGUACACCUGAGGCCUUCGUGCAUCGAAGAAUGUCUCUGAAAGUAUGUUCAGCUCCCGAAUCAUGUGCUGCAGAUUGUGAUGCUGAGGUGAUGGACUUCGUAAGCUACGAUGACAGCAAUGAAGCAGAUUCUUUGGAGCUGCCAGUACCUGUCUCUCGGGUGCGAGCUUUUACAUUGGCAAAAUGUUCUGCAGGUCGAAGAACUAAGGUAACCUUAGAAACAGCUAGACUCAAACUGGAUCGUGUAAAAGCAACUAGGGAGAAACGUUCGAAACGUUCGAAACGUUCGAAGCGUUCGAGGAGAAGGAAACUGGAGAAUUUUCUUGGUGAUAAUGUGGAUACUGGGAUCAACCUGUUACUCUCUUCAGAUUUGCAGGACCAGCCAGAGGCAGUUAAUUCCAAGGGGAUUUUAGUGGAGAAAGCUCGUGCGAAGCUUGAAGCCAUCAAGAAUAAUGACCCAGACAAAAUAAAAGUUCCGGAAUCUGCAAACGAGUGCAGCAGAAAAGCCUCAAAAUCAGACAGUAUUUACGAACAUCAAUCCCAGGAAGGUGUUUGGGUGCGAAAGGCGAAAGUGAAACUUGAAGCAGCAAGAGAGAAGUCAAUUAAGCUCAAUUGCAAGCGAACUUUACAAGCCCUUGGAAUUAAGAAAAUCGAUUGGCGACGUAGGAGCUCUUCAGAAGUUUCUUGCUUGCAUAAAGGAGAUAGAGAAGACAUUUAUACAAAAGUUGCUGCGGUAGGUGUCGAAGUUACAUUUGAUAGUGUAGGAAAGAAGGAUGCUAGUGUGGAAGGAAAAAAAAGACGGGCUUCGAAUCAGAAGCCUGUUAGAGCCUCCAAGCGCAUUGCGAAUAGUCGGCUGAGAAUGCAACAAGGGCUUGUGCAACUUAAGUCCAAAGGUGAGAUAGGCAGUCCAAAGAUCAAGUUGAGUAGGAAAAACUCUAAAAAAUUGGAGUCCAACAUCGAAACCCACAGUGACCUGUCUAGGGCGAGAGAAGAAGCCACAACACUUUACGAGGAUGCCGAAUCGUCUCCAGUAGCGUCGAUGGAGUUCUCGUCUUCUGUGGAGCUCACACCUCCGGCUAAGAUGAAAAUACAGAAUUUUUUUGAUGUUAUGCCUCCUCCAGGAGCCCGUUUCUCAACCGGCGUAAUGUUUGUUCCUCCGGUUUCUCCUUAUGGCCUGAUACAAGAGCAUCUUUAUGAGGACCCUUGGAAAGUUCUCGUAGCUUGCAUGUUGCUGAACAAGACAGGAGGCCGUCAGAUGCAUAAGGUGAUCUGGGACUUUUUUGAGAUGUGUCCAAAUGCAGAGACAUGCGUCUCUACUGAAACUGAGAAAAUUGGAACUGUGAUUCAUUCUCUGGGGCUACAAAACAAGAGAGCAAAAACGCUACAGCGUUUCUCACAAGAGUAUUUGGGAACAACCUGGACAAAUGUUACUCAGCUACAUGGAGUUGGCGAGUACGCAAGAGACGCUUAUGCUAUCUUCUGUGAAGGUCGAUGGAAAGAAGUGCAACCUAAAGACAUUGUCCUUAAUGAUUACUGGCAAUGGCUGAACGAAACUCAAGGUCUGGGCUAUGGCUUCUCACAACAUCAAUGAUACAAUUUUAGGAGAUCUUCCGCUUCCACAAAUUCGACCCUUCUGAGUUGACUUACAAAUUGACACAAAGCAGUGAUCAAUCCUCUUCUAUUUUUUCCUUAUACUGGAGAGAAGUUGUGCUAUGUGAUGCAACUAUUAGUUCCAUCUACAGAAGGCGUUCUACAUCGCAAGAUUAAGUCACAUGGGGCUCUCAGACGGAUCACUCAACGAAUUCGAAGAGUGCUCAACUUCAAAUUGGUUUUGAUAUCACCCAACGAACACUAGUGACCAUGAUCAAUUAAGCACGAGUUCAAGUACUCCAUUUUCUGGUAUUUUGAAGUAUAUGUAGCUUGAGGUUAAAUUAUCAGUAUUUUACAUUUUGCAUCUUUCUAUUGAUGUUUAUACAUGUAACUGAAACUGCAGACGAUCUCAGUUCAAUACAGAUGGCCCAGCUUUUGUCUCAGGGAGCCGGUGAAAGUAUACUUUA